AUGAUUACUAGUGAAUCCUAUAAAUUUCAAUUAAUUAAAACUAAAACUGAAUGCGUACAUUUUCUUAUCAUUGGACAACAUCUCACAGAUGAUGAUCUCAUCAAAUUCAGCCAGAAUUUUGGCGAAUUGGAUUGGGCUCCUGUGCAGGAGACUGGACGACGAUUUGUCGAAGGCAAACCAGAGAUAUACAUUGUAUCCAAUGUGAUAGAAAAUGGCAUACCGAUCGGAAGUCUCGGGGCAGGUGAGGCGGUCUGGCACACAGAUAUGUCUUAUCUAGAGGAACCGCCCAUUGGAAGCAUACUCUAUGCGCUGGAGGUACCUUCGGUAGGAGGUAACACGUGGUUUAUUAACAUGUAUUCAGUCUAUGAGGCCCUUCCGGAGCAUCUCAAACAGCGUAUUGAUGGUCUUCUUGUCAAACACGACGGUACAUACAAUAGCGGAGGCUAUUUACGCCAAGGUAUUACUGCCACUGAUGAUUCCAUGACAUCGCCAGGUGCUGUCCAUCCACUUAUAUAG